ACAGUGGUGCUGACACGCAGAAAUCUGGAGGCGUGUCGCGUUUUUUGUUUGUUUAUUUAUAUUUUCUUUAAUAAAGCUUAAUUAAGAUUGAAGUUAUUUUAGGUUUUAGUUAUUUUAGUCACUGUAUACUUUAUCUCUGAUUUGUCUUUGGUUGGGCCUUCAUUGCUUCGUGUACCUCGUUUCACGCGUUGCUGUUUUGAGUCGACAGCGUUUGACAGUCGCUCUCACGGUGAGCCAAGUAGCGUUUGGUUAGCCAUCGAGCUAGCUAGCCCUCUAGUUCCCCAUGUAUUGCUAGCUACCGUUAUUAGUAACGGGUAAUCCAUUCGGAGGGGUGGUUGACAAGAGGUAGCUAACGUUAGCGAGCAAAACCGCAUAUCUGCAUUUCGUCAAUGGGCUCAUGAUGACAGGUGUUGUAGCUAACGUUAGUUGAAUGAGCAGCUGUGAACUGACACCUGGUUGACAGCUACAGACGGAAGAAAAGGCUAAACUUGCUUGCUGCGUAUUGUUGUCAGUGUGAGCUGUCCAUAUUAAACUGUCGGGAACUUGGCACCGGCAGCUGUUCGCCUGUCUGUGUACAAAGCAGUCGGCACCGUUAGCUGCCUUUCGACUCGAAACAACCCCUCGUCAAAAAAUAAGAAGCUUUCAUCUAGAGAAGACUCACUCUCUUAACGCGGUCGUGGCUGGAGGAGCUCUCAUCAACAUGCUGCUGCACUGAGACGCACGGGCGGAUAUAUUGACGGAAGGACGGACAUAUAGACCCACUCCCCUGGCGUCUCUUCCCCGUCUCGGCUGUUUUCUCCCCCCCUAUAUGGAACGCGCUAUGGAAUACCCUCGCCCAGCGGAGUGGCACAGUCCUCCUCUGUAGAGAUCUCUCCUGGGAAUACACUCCGUAAGGAAUCGGCACAGAACAGCUGAUCUCCUCGUCAGUCUCUUGAGUCCUCCUACCCUCCCUUGAGAAGAUGUCUGUGAGCCUGGCUGAGGAGGACAUUCAGACGGAGGGUGGAAGUAGUAGACCACUCAAUGAUGGCUCGAUGAGGAAGCACUCCCCAUCCCCUGAACCUUUCCAGGGACAGGAGGGCACUGUGGGCACCGGGGAGGCCAUGGAGGCAGAGGAGAGCGCCACACAGGACUCACAGAGGCGUCCUCAGAACCACGGACACGGCAGGAAAAGGGCCAGGUCCAAUGCCAAGCUGAAGCUAGUGAGGAGCCUGGCGGUGUGUGAGGAGUCAUCAGGUCCGUUCUGUUCUGACGGACCUCCAGACAUUAUCCAACUCCACAUCAGCUGUCCCUCGGACAAGGAGGAGGAGAAGUCUUCUAAGGAUGACUAUGAGAACGAGGAUGAGGAGGAGAAGAACAGGACUCCACGCAAGAUGCUGUCGCGAGACUCCAGCCAGGAGUACACAGACUCCACCGGCAUCGACGUGCACGACUUCCUAGUCAACACACUGAAAAACAACCCCAGGGAUCGAAUGAUGCUGAUGAAACUAGAACAAGAUAUCCUGGAGUUCAUUAAUGACGACAAUAACCAGUACAAGAAGUUUCCCCAGAUGACGUCGUACCACCGCAUGCUGCUGCACCGUGUAGCGGCCUACUUUGGCAUGGACCACAACGUAGACCAGACUGGCAAGGCCGUCAUCAUUAACAAGACUGGCAACACACGCAUCCCAGAGCAGAGGUUCUCAGAGCAUAUCAAGGAUGAGAGGAACACGGAUUUCCAGAAGAAGUUUAUCCUCAAGAGAGACGACGCCAGUAUGGACAAGGACGAUAAUCAGAUCCGCGUGCCGCUGUCGGACGGGCGACGCAGCAAAUCCAUAGAGGAGAGGGAGGAGGAGUAUCAGAGAGUACGAGACCGGAUCUUUUCCCGAGAAUCCUCUCAAAAUGGAUACAUCAACGACAACAGGGGUAACCUUGAGAGCUCCAGCCGUGCAUCCAGCAGUCGUCAGAGCAGCACUGACAGUGAUAUGAAGUGCCUGGAGCCAAGACCCUGGAGCAGCACAGACUCUGAUAGUUCAAACAGGACCCUACGGCCCCCGGUCACCAAGGCUUCCAGCUUCUCUGGCAUCUCCAUUCUGACCAGAGGAGAUAGUCUGGGCAGCAACAAGAGCUCUCAGGGCAGCUGCAGGGGCUCACGCACUGGACUCCCACUGGUGAGUCCAGACAUGUGUCCCCAACCCCCAGUCCCCCAGCCUGGCCCCUGCCCCGGGGGUCGCAGUCUGCUGCCCUGCCCCUCCCAGGUCCAGACCCAACCCCCCCAGACCGCCCUACUGCCCACCCCACAGCAACACCCCAUGGGCAACUAUAACCAUAACCACAUGACUCAGCCGGUGGGGUCUCUGCAGCCCUCUCAACCUGUGUCCUACUCCUCCUCCUGUCCCCAGGUCCUCCUGCCUGUCUCUUCCCCCCAGCAGUACAUGGGUGAGGAGCUGGCUCCCCACUUCAGCCAGAUGACUCUGAGUCGACAGAGUUCCAGGGAGGCCCCGGAGCCCCCCGCCAUGUACCAGACCCAGGGGCCCACUGUCCUCACCCAACACCCUCCACCCCAGACGGGCUAUAUCAUGGCCACCACGGCCCAGCCCCUGUCCCCUCAGUCUGGCUACCAGGCUAACACCAGACACCUCCAUCAUCAUCCUCCUCCUCCACCCCCUCCUCCACCCCCUCCCUCCCAGACCAUCAUGCAGCCCCCACCACCACCCCAUGGGUACAUGCAGCCGUCUCCCCCUCAACAGAUAUCUUAUUACACCCCUGGGCAGCAGUACCCCAGCACAGGGCAGCAGUACCCCAACACAGGGCAACAAUACCCCAACACAGGGCAGCAGUACCCCAGCACAGGGCAGCAGUACCGGCCUGGACCCAUGUCUCACCAGGUGUCCUACCCUGCCCAGCCCAUGGCUCAGCCCAUGCCCCAGCCCAUGGCUCAGCCCAUGCCCCAGCCCAUGGCUCAGCCCAUGCCCCAGCCCAUGGCUCAGCCCAUGCCCCAGCCCAUGGCUCAGCCCACACAGCAGUCUGCUCUCCAGACCAUGAUGCCCAGCCAGCAGCCCCAGUACCAGGGAAUGAUAGGAGUAUCCCAGCAGCCCCAGAACCAGGCCCUCCUCACCUCCCAGGGGCAGGGCAUGCAUGGACAGGUGACAGCCAUGAUGGUCCAGUACCCACAGAUGUCCUCAUAUCAGCAGGUCCCUGUGGCCAGUGACUCUCAACAGGUGAUCCAGCAGUACCAGCAGCAGGUCAUGGUGCCAGUCAGUCAGUCUGUGCAGACUGUCCAGGGGCCCAUGCCUGUAUACUACAGCGUCAUCACCCCCACACAACAGAACAGCACAAGUCCAUCAGUAGGGUACCUGCAGCCCAGCUCAGAGCAGUACCAGAUGAACCCGUCUACUUCUCCCUGCAACCCUCCACAGAUACAGCAGCAAUAUUCAGGGGUGGCCCCCCCAGGGCCUGGGAUGAUGGUCAUGCAGCUUAGUGUCCCCAAUGGACCCCAGCCUACCCACAAUCCUCCUCUGGUCCAGUGGAACCCCUGCAAGUACUACAGCCUCGAGCAGAGACCCAGUAAGCCUGGAGAACUCUACAAAUCUGACAACACACAACAGACGAGUACACAGAUGCAGAGCAGUCCUCUGUCCUCCCCCACCCAGUCUCCUACCCCCUCCCCCUCAGGCAGCGUGAGCAGUGUCUGUCCAGGCCUCGGCCCUCUGCCCCUACUGUCACAGUUCCCCCGGCCCGGACCAGGGCCCGCACAAGGUGACGGGCGCUACUCUCUGUUGGGCCAGCCUCUCCAGUACAGCCUCUGUCCCUCUCCUCUCAUCCACAGCCAGACCAAUUACAGCUCACAUCAGAGCCAGGUAGGAAUGAAGCAUGGGGUGAGAGGGAAGAGACAGACACUGAAGUCUCAAUCUACAGACCUGGGGACCACAGACGUAGUGGUGAGUCGGGUGCUGGAGGUGACAGAUCUCCCAGAGGGCAUCAGUCGCCCUGAGGCUGAGAAGCUCUUCAACCAGCUGUCCAUGUGCGGUGCGAAGAUCCAGUGGCUCAAGGACCCGGUGGCGGGGGGCCGUGGAGGCUACAGUGGCCCAGGAGGGCAUCGUGGUCCUGGGAUGGGGCCUGGAGGGGGGAAGGGCGACGGCAGCGACCUGGCUCACCUCUACACAGUGGUGGCUGUGUUCCCUUCCACCAUGGCUGCACAGAGUGCUUCCUUCAAACUCAACAACAGUGGGACGAGCCUCUUCAAACUGAGGGCCGCCAAAAAGAACUAUGACCUAAGAGUCCUGGAGAGGGCCAGCUCCCAGUGAAAAGGAAGAGAAGGGGAGAGGGCCAGCUCCCAGUGAAGAGGAAGAGUCCUGGAGAGGGCCAGCUCCCAGUGAAGAGGAAGAGGAGGGGAGAGGGCCAGCUCCCAGUGAAAAGGAAGAGUCCUGGAGAGGGCCAGCUCCCAGUGAAGAGGAAGAGGAGGGGAGAGGGCCAGCUCCCAGUGAAAAGGAAGAGUCCUGGAGAGGGCCAGCUCCCAGUGAAGAGGAAGAGGAGGGAAGAGGGCCAGCUCCCAGUGAAGAGGAAGAGGAGGGGAGAGGGCCAGCUCCCAGUGAAGAGGAAGAGGAGGGGAGAGGGCCAGCUCCCAGUGAAGAGGAAGAGGAGGGGAGAGGGCCAGCUCCCAGUGAAAAGGAAGAGGAGGGGAGAGGGCCAGCUCCCAGUGAAGAGGAGAGGAGAGGGCCAGCUCCCAGUGAAGAGGAAGAGGAGGGGAGAGGGCCAGAUCCCAGUGAAAAGGAAGAGGGGAGAGGGCCAGCUCCCAGUGAAGAGGAAGAGGAGGGGGAGAGGGCCAGCUCCCAGAGAAAAGGAAGAGGAGGGGAGAGGGCCAGCUCCCAGUGAAAAGGAAGAGGAGGGGAGAGGGCCAGCUCCCAGUGAAAAGGAAGAGGAGGGGAGAGGGCCAGCUCCCAGUGAAGAGGAGGGGGAGAGGGCCAGCUCCCAGUGAAAAGGAAGAGGAGGGGAGAGGGCCAGCUCCCAGUGAAAAGGAAGAGGAGGGGAGAGGGCCAGCUCCCAGUGAAAAGGAAGAGGAGGGGAGAGGGCCAGCUCCCAGUGAAAAGGAAGAGGAGGGGAGAGGGCCAGCUCCCAGUGAAGAGGAAGAGGAGGGGGAGAGGGCCAGCUCCCAGUGAAAAGGAAGAGGAGGGGGGCCAGCUCCCAGUGAAAAGGAAGAGGAGGGGAGAGGGCCAGCUCCCAGUGAAAAGGAAGAGGGGAGAGGGCCAGCUCCCAGUGAAAAGGAAGAGGAGGGGAGAGGGCCAGCUCCCAGUGAAAAGGAAGAGGAGGGGAGAGGGCCAGCUCCCAGUGAAGAGGAAGAGUCCUGGAGAGGGCCAGCUCCCAGUGAAGAGGAAGAGGAGGGGAGAGGGCCAGCUCCCAGUGAAAAGGAAGAGUCCUGGAGAGGGCCAGCUCCCAGUGAAGAGGAGGGGGAGAGGGCCAGCUCCCAGUGAAAAGGAAUAGUCCUGGAGAGGGCCAGCUCCCAGUGAAGAGGAAGAGGAGGGGAGAGGGCCAGCUCCCAGUGAAGAGGAAGAGGAGGGGAGAGGGCCAGCUCCCAGUGAAGAGGAAGAGGAGGGGAGAGGACCAGCUCCCAGUGAAGAGGAAGAGGAGGGGAGAGGGCCAGCUCCCAGUGAAAAGGAAGAGGAGGGGAGAGGGCCAGCUCCCAGUGAAGAGGAAGAGGAGGGGAGAGGGCCAGCUCCCAGUGAAGAGGAAGAGGAGGGGAGAGGGCCAGCUCCCAGUGAAGAGGAAGAGGAGGGGAGAGGGCCAGCUCCCAGUGAAAAGGAAGAGGAGGAGAGAGGGCCAGCUCCCAGUGAAGAGGAAGAUGAGGGGGAGAGGGCCAGCUCCCAGUGAAGAGGAAGAGGAGGGGAGAGGGCCAGCUCCCAGUGAAAAGGAAGAGGAGGGGAGAGGGCCAGCUCCCAGUGAAG